UGGUGCGAUAUCUAGUCCUACCUACGGAUUCGCUGUCAUUCAUUGGUACAAAAUGUCUUUGUAGAUAUCAGGGUGUAGGUCAUUUAAUCGUACAAUUAAAAUAAACCCUUGUCAUAUGGUAAUUAAAAUAAGUUUAACGUUUAACUAAAAGGAAAAGGAGGAUUUACGCCACCUAAAACAGUGGUAGAGAUGCAACUAGUGUCAGUGGUGUCGAGAUAAUAGCAGGCUCGUAGUGGUAGUGGUGCGUUAGCGAUGAUGCGGGCGCAGUGAGGCGGCAGAGCGACACCACGGCUUCGUCAGCGGCGGGGGCCGCGCGGGGAGCCGAGUCUCCUUCGCAGGCCAACCAGGACGCGCUAGACUCCGCCACGCCUACUUGCUGGUGGACGGCGUGGUCUGCAAUGGGUUGCUUCGGGUCACCGGGCGGCAAGAGCAGCGAGGGCGACGACAUCAAGAAACAAAAGAGACGCAGCGAUGCCAUCACCAGGCAGCUGCAGAAGGAUAAACAGUUGUAUCGGGCGACGCACCGGCUGCUCCUGCUGGGCGCCGGCGAGUCCGGCAAGUCGACGAUCGUGAAGCAGAUGCGCAUCUUGCAUGUCAACGGCUUCUCCGACAAGGAGCGCAAGGAGAAGAUCGAGGACAUCAAGAAGAACAUCCGCGAUGCUAUACUCACAAUCACGGGUGCAAUGAGUACCCUGACUCCUCCGAUUCCACUCGAGAAGCAGGAGAACAAAGUACGCGUCGAUUACAUUCAGGACGUGGCGUCGCAGCCGGACUUCGACUACCCUUCGGAGUUCUACGAGCACACGGAGGCGCUGUGGAAGGACCAGGGCGUGCAGCGCACCUACGAGCGCAGCAACGAGUACCAGCUCAUCGACUGCGCGAAAUAUUUCUUGGAUAAAGUUCACAUAAUAAAGCAGGCGGACUACACGCCCACCGAACAGGACAUCCUGCGCUGCCGAGUCCUCACCUCCGGGAUAUUCGAGACGCAGUUCGUCGUGGACAAAGUCAAUUUCCACAUGUUCGACGUGGGCGGGCAACGUGACGAGCGCCGUAAGUGGAUCCAGUGCUUCAAUGACGUGACGGCCAUCAUCUUCGUGACGGCCUGCUCCUCCUACAACAUGGUGCUGCGCGAGGACCCCACGCAGAACCGGCUGCGCGAGUCUCUGGAACUGUUCAAGAGCAUCUGGAACAACCGGUGGCUGCGGACCAUCUCCGUCAUCCUGUUCCUCAACAAGCAGGACCUGCUCGCCGAGAAGGUGCUGGCGGGGAAGUCCCGGCUCGAGGACUACUUCCAGGAGUUCGCCCGUUACCAGACCCCGCCUGAUGCUGUGCCCGACGCCAAGGACCAUCCCGAGGUGUCCCGCGCCAAGUACUUCAUACGCGAUGAGUUUCUGCGCAUAAGUACGGCCAGCGGCGACGGUAAGCACUACUGCUACCCGCACUUCACGUGCGCUGUCGACACGGAGAACAUCAAGCGCGUGUUCAACGACUGCCGCGACAUCAUCCAGCGCAUGCACCUGCGCCAGUACGAGCUGCUCUAACCGGGCACCAGCCAUCGGCCGGUCGACUGUCCCCUUCUCUUGACUAGAAUAAAUACAAAAAAGCAAAGGGUCUGCCCCGCUGCCCGGGCUCCACCGUGGACACGCGUCAAGCGCAUUUUCAAACACUUCAUUCGACCCGUGUUCCGUUAACGAGUGACAGAAUCGAUUAUUCGAUUUCACUAUCGAUAGUAUUCGCUGAAUAGAUCCAAUGACUUAGGGUGAUCCAUUUUACUUGUCAUCUUGAGUUUAACGUUAAUCAAUUUUACUUUGACACGUGAGAAUCGAUUGCAAUUUGAUUAUUGUCAAUAAAUAAUCGUAGAUCUUAGGGUGCGAAAUUCGAAUGAAGUUGAAAUUUUAAAAUCGAUUUUCACAAGUACGUAUUCGAAUGGUGUUUCCGAAUAUUCGCUUUUGCACGAAGCUGGCAACUAACCGUUUUCAAAUCACAAUUUUGUUUAGUCAUUUUAAUACUUACUUUAUUUAGUCUUAUUUUUGGUUGUGACGAUUCAAUUUUUUUUUUUUUUUUUAGUUAAUUUUAUCGUUUUUUUAAAUAUAUUUUAUUUGAAAGUUUAAAAAGAUUAUAAAUGAAAGAUAUGUUUAUAUUUUGUUGAUUCGCGAAUCGAGAUACCGGACGACGGUAUCGUUUUAGCGUAGUGUUGUAACACAAUAACCAUUGUCGAUAAUAGAGAUGCGGCUAAGAGCACUUGCCGCGUUAUUUUUUUUUCUCAAUCUUUAAUCGAGGCUAUAUUAAUCACAAGCAGCUAGUUUUAAAGGACUUAUUAUUGUUUAUGUAAUAUUAGCAUCGUUCUUAAGCUCAAGUUAAUGAAUCAUUUUAUUUAUCUGAAUCUAUAAUAAAGGAUUUAUGUUGUUUAUCCUUUUUUAAGAUCCUAAUAGUUUUUAAGAUUUUAUUUAAAUACAUAAAUUCUUCCAUUUUAUUCGGACAGUUGUAUCAAUAAUUAAUUGUCGUUCGCACAAAUUCCUUAAAACGCAACAAACACGAAUUUUUCAAUUGUAUUUUAUUCUUUAUCAAAUCUGUAAAUAUAUAUAUAUAAUUUCCCAAAAACAUUUUCUAUAUAAAUGUUAAUUCUAUAUAUAUAUAUAUAUAUAUAUAUAUAUAAGUCACAAAUAUUGUCUCCUCUGAAGGAGAACUUUGAUGAUGAUAACAGUACUAAUUAUUAGAAUCGCAAAAGUCGAAUCAAUCAAAGUUCUAAACGAUGAAAAAAAAACGGAAUAAUCUCCAACGCUUCAGAAAUAUAUACAUACAUAGAUCUGAUAUAUUUCAUGUUUGUUAUGUAAUACGAAAUAGAUUUUUUUUUUAUUGCCUUUGUAGGCAGAAGAGCAUACGGCCCACCUGAUGGUGAGUGGUUACCGUCGCCCAUGGACUUCAGCAAUGCCAAGGGCAGAGCCAAGCCGCUGCCUACCGCUAAAUUACAUCAAAGAGUUUCAUCUGCGUCAGCUUUGUAGUUUGGGAGUUAGUUUAAUCGUCACAUUUGGGUUUUCUUUAAGUGAAUCUGUUGACGGUUAAUUCUUCAUUCCUUCUGCGGGCCUACUGGAAGAGAUUUCGACAUGAAAUAAGUAGUGCCCUUGUACUCUGUAUCCUUAUUGUCGUGUUUCUUCUAACAGAUGUUUGUACAAAAUAUAUUUAACUACCGACCCGUCCUCGCUUCGUUUCAGAAACUGUAAUUUAUUAUUGAUUUCUCCACUAUUUAAUGGAUGUUAUUAUACAUAUAAACCUUCCUCUUCAAUCACGCUAUCUAUUAAAAAAACCGCACCAAAAUCCGUUGCGUAGUUUUAAAGAUUUAAGCAUACAUAGGGAUAUAGGGACAGAGAAAGCGACUUUGUUUUCUACUAUGUAGUGAUAGUGCUAAAUAAAUAAAGAAAUAAAGGUCUUGGAACAGGCUGCCAUUGUCGUGAACCUUGGUAGAGGUCUACUAAACAAGAACCUCUAGGCUGAUGAUGAAGAUAACCAAAUUUUCAGUUUAUCGAAUUAUCUUCUCCAUUAGAUGUAUGCACAAGCCACCAAAAUGUAAUAUAGUUUGUUCGUCACUUACCGUGACUCGCAUUAAUGCUACAAUACUGUUUAUUGAUGGGUUCAACCUUGGCUUCCUUCUACCUAUUGACAUUGGCAUAAGCACUGUUUUAUGCAUAUCGUUUUCAAAAGAUACAUCUUUGUUUGUUUGUUUGCAUUUUAUUUUCGACAUUAGUAACUAGUAUUAUUCGCGGUACUAAUAAAGAGGUUUUUAAUGUAAUGUCGCGUAUUCGAUGCAUAAUUAACGAAAUUAAAUUGGGAAAAGCUCGCUUGAAAGCGUUUGUCACCCCCCCACACCUCCCCCCGCCCACGCAUCGACUAGAAGCGUGACGUAACGCUUAAAUUGUUAAUGAUUUUUUACAUUAUUGACUCGUUUAGAAAAGAAUAAGAAAAACAACAUCACUGUUAAUUGUAUUUUCCUAUUUUUAUUUAUAAACUAAUUUCAGUUUUAAAAAAAAAAACUUAUUUCAUUUGAUAUUCAUCUUUAAGUCUAAAAUUAUGUUAUAAAAUUUCGUUUUGCGUACUUAUAAUUUUAGUUUUUAAAUUAAUUAUGAUCUAAUUUAUUUUUAAAAUGUUUUAUUUUUUUUCUCCUUAUAUUCGAUAAUCGAUAUUAACGAAACUGUAACCAUAUAAUCGAAUGUCACAUCACUAGUUAUCUUGUUAAUUUUUUUUUGUUUCUUUUUAAUAGUUUUCUAGGUUCUAAGCUCGUUUUCUGUUGAAUGUGCCAUAAAUUGUGUGUUGCCAGCGGAAACACCAUAUUCCUAAUGUUACCAUAUAUGAAAGAUUAAGUUUAUUUUAGUUUACCACAGAUAACGUAUGCUAUUUUUCGCUUCCUUUUUAAACGUAACCACACACUAUAUUUGUUAACAUUUAUUAUUAUUAUUAACUAUGAAGUUUUUUCUCGUUUUUAAGUUUUUUUUUUAAUGUAUGUAGUAAAAGCAAAUGUAACGUAAUUUUAAUAAAUAUAUAUAUAUAUAUAUAUAUAUAUAUAUAUAAAAUUAAUGUAUGUAUGUAUGUAUGUUUCGAAGUCAUCUCAUUGCGUCCGGAGGUCGUCAUAAUCUCUUUAAUUCGCUAACGAAAUCUAUCGACAGUUCUCGCCUUUUGACAGUCGGCUAAUCUAUUGUCCAUAUUGUCUAUCAUUAACAUUACUUUCCUUGAUCAGGUUUCCGUGUCAGGAAUUUCGACCUUAAACACUGAAGUAUGUGAAAAAACCUUAAAAUAUAUAUAUAUAUAUAUCGAGGGGUGAAAAGUUAUUUCGUUUAAGUGACAUUUUUGGUAACUUUCCAGGACACCAUCUAUAGUUUAAAAUUUGGAAAAAAAGAUUAUCAUAGUAUUAAAAUGUUUUUCGGGUAUUUGAAUGGGGAAGUUUCUUUAAAGAUAUCGAACUUGUUGAUGACGGAAUAUCAAAUUACAAAGUACUUUAAUUGCAAAGAUAAAUGUCGCGUGUUAAGGGAUAUAUCGCAUAAACCAGCCUUUCCCAAAGUGGGCGAUAACGCCCCCUUAUGGGCGCUGCAAGCCUAAAGGGGGGCGGUAAGAGAACCCAGAGAAGGAGGCGUUGUGUAGAUAGAGGCUUUUGAGGCGAUUUGUAAUUUCACUCUUAGACGCCGACUGAACUCUCCCUAUAGUGGUUUCUAAGUAGGUGAAAAAAUGGGGGGCGCUAAAAAAUAAUCUAUUCUCAGAGUGGGCAGUUGACAAAAUAAGUUUGGGAACCCCUGGCUUAAACCAAACAGUAUUUUUACCCCUCGAUAUAUUGUGAACAAAAAUGAGAAUUAACGAGUCUUUAUGUUUCGAAAUUCCUACAUUCGUAUAUAAUAAGAGAUAAUGUAGACGUGUGCUUCAGACUUAGACGCUGUCCGCUUAGGUCUAGUGAUAACUGACUUAAUUUUAUCUCCAUUUAAUGUAAUAAUAAUAAUGAUGUAAGUAAAAACCUUGUAAUGGCGCCCUCCCGUCAUUGUUUUCUUUAUUAAAUAGGCGUACAAUGUAUUAAUGUAAUCUGUGGCGUCAUGACUUAGUACGUGCGGCUAAUGUUUCAUUAAAACUGAAGAAAGCUCGAGAAUAUAUCUGUCUCGUUCACUCGAGUUAGCGUGCAAGAAAGAGACGACUGCAUGAGCUGAACAAAACUAGAUAGUAUAUCCGUCUCGUUCACUCGAGUUUGCGUGCGAGAAAGAGACAUACCUGCAAGAGUCUCUGCAAGCUCUGUGCCUAGAAGACGGACGCGUUUGGAAGUCUAUAUAUCGCGCAUACAGUGCGAUAACGUCACUCAUGCGAAUUAUGUAACUUUUCAUGAGAUACGUUGGAAAAUUAAACAUCUUAUUAUAUAAUUCUUUUAAACUACAACUUUAAACUUCAUCAGUAAAAGUAAACAUCUCUCUCCGUCUCACUAAUAACUAAUUAAAAAAUAUGUUUUCUCAUAUUUAGUUCAGUUUUAACAAAAAUUGCUUAAGUGACUUUAUAGCACCGUAUGUGCGAUAUAUAUAUGUAUAUAUCGAUGGGUGAAAGGCUAAGGAAAUUUGGUUUAAGUGAUUUCAGAAGAGCCAUUUAAAGUUAAAAAUUUGGAAAAAAAUAUCUUAACAAAAUAACUUCAUCAGCUGUUUGAAACUUAAUUGAGGUUCAAUUAAAAAUGACGAACUGUUGAUGCUAAUUACCAAAUAAAACGCACAUUUAAUUACAAAGAUAAAUGCCUUUCACUCCUCGAUAUAUAAUCUGACAGGCAAUUUAAGAGCUUUUUAGCUUUUAAUGCAGCUUUUGAAUUAUAUUUUACUUUUUGAGUAUCUAUUUAAACCCUAUACUUAACAUCCAAUAAUGCAGGCAGCUAAAUCAGGCAAUUCUUUGUUAUGUAGUUUUUAUAAAUGUGAAUAAUCGAUUUAAAAUUAUCGAUAAUUAAUUUUAUCGAUAGUAACUUUUUUUAUCGAAAACUGUAUCGAGUUUAUCCUUUAUUUAAAUUAUUUUUUAAUUGAUAUUUUAAAAGGAAAAUGAAUACGCGAUUUUUCUUUUAUUACCAGAAGAAAUUGACGGAUUUAAAUGUACAGGAGGCAAUAAAUGGGGACUGUCAGAAAAUUCACAAUGACAAUGUUGAUAUCGAUCAAGUUAUCCGAACUUCUGCGUAUAAUUAUGGACACACAAUUCUCCAUAAAGGUAAUGCCUAUGGUUUGUCUAAAACCGCGAUCAUAUGGUUGACUUUUUUGUUAAUGUUUUUUUAAUUCCCUUUUUUAAUUUACAGACAUAUUAAAUGAAUGCGUCAGUAUUAGGGUGUCAUAUCAACAAAUGUUAUUUUUUUUUAUGUUCUUGUAGGCAAACGAGCGUACGGCCCACCUGAUGGUGAGUGGUUACACCGUCGCCCAUGGACGUCAGCAAUUCCAGGGACAGAGCCAAGCGGCUGCCUACUGUAUGUCAGUUCUCUAAGCACAUAACUUUGUAUGGAUGUGUCGAGUUUUGAAUGUUUCAUCAAAAUUUAAUAAUUUGCACGUAAAGAAGAAAGUUUUUAUUUUCAAUUUUCGAAUCAUAGUUUUUUUUUUUUUUCAUUCUAAAGACGUUAAUGCAACGCCCGAAACCUGUCCUUUUAGUGUGUUUUGGUGUAUUUUCAUAGAUAAAUGCAAUAACAUGUGAGUCAUAUAAUAAUAAAAAACAUUUUUUAUUAAUAAUAAAUAAAAUACGUAGAUUAGAUUAAAAAAUUAUACAUUUUUAAUUAUUAUCAUUUUAUUUGUUCGUUAUUUUCAUUCGAUAUAUUAAUAUAUAGUUGAUUCGCCUGUGUCGUGAUCGGUGAGAUGUAAAAAUGUAGGAGCUUUCAUUGAAAUAAAAUAUUAAUGAAAUAUAUAUGUAUAUUAUAUAUUUAAUGUAAUUUAAAAAAAAAAACAGCAUCUCGGUUUUUAUUUAAAUAUAGCUAAGGGUCGGUCGAUAGCCGCGAUCAUGAACUGUCUUGUUCGUUGCCAAUAAAAGUUUGAGAGGUGUCAAGGGACACCCGGAUGGAACGAAGUUUCUUUUCGAUUAAUUAGUGAAGGAAUUGUAAUAAAAAUUUUUUUAAGUUAUAGUAUUUUUUUAUGUACAAAAAACCUGUAAACACUCAACAAAAAUAAUCGUCGCGACACCACUGUUCAAUGCGAAAUAGAAAGACGAAACGAAAAUAACUGGCUUGCUUUCUAUAGAGAGAGAGAGAGAGAGAGAGACAAACAGACAGAGAAACACGCAAAAAGUGUCGUUACAACUUUUGGUCUUAAUAUUUUUCCGUCUAGAGCCCCCUUUCUCAAUGCGCGAUAAGGAACUUCGUUCCAAAAAAAAAAUCAUGAUAUGAAUAAUGAUUAGUUAUGUAUUGACCAGCGCACAAUGUCGCAAUUAGCGAUACCAAUCUGCAGGCGAUGCGACCUAUAAGCGAAAAGUUUAGGGAGAAGAAGGCACAUAUAGAUUUCGACCAUUCAAUUUCACAUCAAGAUGUCCGGCAAUUUAAAAAAAAAAAAAUCAUUAACAAUAGUAGGAGGAAAGGCGAUUGCGUGCAGCAGAGAUGCGAAUGUUGCGAUGGAUGUGUGGAGUAACGAGAAUGGAUAGAAUACGGAAUGAAUAUGUUAGAGGAGGUCUGAAAGUGGCACCUGUGACAGAGAAGCUGAGGAGUGCGCGUUUGGGAUGGUAUGGACAUGUGAUGAGACGAAAUGAAAAUGAGGUUGGUAAGAGAGUGUUAACUAUGAAUGUGGAAGGAUAUAGAGGAAGAGGUAGACCUAAGAAGAAAUGGAUGGAUUGCGUGAAAGACGAUAUGUGUAAGAGGGGAGUGACCAAAGAAAUGGUAUAUGAUAGAGGAGUAUGGAAGGAGAAAACAUGUUGCGCCGACCCCAGGUGACUGGGAGAAGGGCAGGAGAAUGAUGAUGUUCAUUAACAAUAGUCGAGUUUUCCCGGAAAUAGGCAAAAAACACGAAUUUCAUGUUCGUUGGCUUGGCGUUGCUUUCUUCGUGUUGCAUACAAUUUUGAGGCACAGACGUGUAUGAUCUUGGAGUUUUGAAACAAUGUCGUACGAUCCUGGCAAAUGUCGAUACGAUAUGAGUUCGUCUACUGAAAUAAUGAUUGAUUCAUCUCGUGAUGGGUUCAUGUAUGAUGAAGCCAACUAACCUAGCAUAGGCCGUAGGCAGCUUCCCUAAAAACAGCGGAUCGCGAGCGGCAACUAUACUUGAGACCUUAGAACUUGUAUCUCAAGAUGGGUGGCGCAUUUACGUUGUAGAUGUCUAUGGGCUCCAGUAACCACUUAACACCAGGUGGGCUGUGUGAGCACCUCCACCCAUCUAAGCAAUAAAAGAAAAAUGGAUCUGAAAUUACGUCACAUUACGAACAACACCGUCUUUUACCGGUUUUCGAUUAGAUGUCUUUGUACGAUUUUGUCUGUGCCGAUUUAAAAUUUGAUUUACGGUAUUCUCAUCACUACAGCCGUUGGUACAAACCGUGAGAUAUAUUAUAUGCAUAAUGAAACGAAUCAUAAUUGUGUUUGCAUUUAUAUAGUACUCAUAAUAUGUUUUUAACUUAGCACAAUCAUGUGAUUACUCGAAUUUCUUCUUAGGUAUUAUAUAUAUAUAUAUAUAUAUAUAUACAUUUUUUUUUUUUUUUUUUAAUUGCUGUAUAGUAAUCGCGUAGCAUAGCUCAACACUCAGCUUAGAAGAACGGUAUGUAAUAUCAGCACACUUUAGUAUUUCGCCGUGGAGAUCGUGAACUGUCUUGUAUUUAAAAAAAAUAUUUCAAAAAAAAAAACUUAACUACCUACGUUUAUAAUUAUAAUAUACUGAAUUAAAAAAAAAAAAGUUCUAUAUUUUUAACGAUUUUUUUUUAAAUAUACCUAAUUAAUGAAAUUCCUAAAGAUUAAAAAUAAUAAUAAUAAUAAUAAUAAUGAAUAAAUUUUAAUAUUUACGUGUAUAUUUAGUGUGUAACGCGAGGUGGUCGUAAAAGUAACAUAAUUGCUUGUAAUUUAUUGUCUCGAGGUAUACAGAAUAUAUCGUUUCACUGUCCAUGAAAUUUAAAUAUGUAACUGAUGUGUACAAAAUCAGUUUGUUUCUGGCAUUUUGAAUCCGACUUAAUGUAUGUAAAAAAAUAAAUGUUGUUUUAAAAG